ACAUGUUCACUAAAUGGAUAAAAUGAUUGACAACUUCUUUUGAAGCCAUGCAAGAGUUGAGGCUGAAAGCAGUCGUAUGGAAUGAAAACGUAGAAUAUCUUCGCAGUUUCCUGAGGGCUCAUUGCACUAGUGACGAAGACUUUGGUUCGGUAAGAACCAGUCUUCGAACUUGCAAUUCUUCUUUGAAGCUUUUAAAGUUUUGUUGUUUAGAACAAUGUUAUUCUAUUCCAAACACACCACAGCAGAUGGGUUCUGUCUGUGUUUCCAGAGAGUUACUUGAAGGUGAAGAUAAUAGUUGGUGGGUAAUAUACAGAGGAAAGAAAGAUUUACAGUCUCCUCCCUACUUGGAAAAGCGACCCUAUUGCAGGAGUGAAUUCAAAAACGAUCCUCGUGAGUGGCUCGAAAGCUUAGGUUGCAAGUUGCAGUUUGAGUAUAUAAGGAAAGGUCACUCGGUUUUCUUGAGAAGUGUGAAUUUUUUGGCAGAGCUGUUUCAGGUUUUUUCUGUGAAUAGUGAAAAUGUGGCAAACACGGAUCUUUCACAGGAACUUGUAUCUGAGGAAGCAAUCCUUGUGAUAUAUACGUUAAUCGAAGGUGGAAAAGACUGGUCUCAAUCUUCACAGUCACUUAUAAACAUUCUUGAUCAAAUAUCGCAUUUUGUGUCGACCAAGUGAUGAUGUAUUGGCAUUAUUCGGGAAAAUUUUUGUCAAUAAAAGGCACUUCUUUCUAUUGAAUAUUGCGUAGUUUCAAACUGCCUAAUUAAUCCUUAAAUU